UCCCCUCCGCCGGUCUUGGGCGCAGGCGCUGUGGCUCGGCUGCUUGGACCCACCGCCCCGCCUCAGCGAGAAAGUCUGGUCUGCUCUCCUUGCCGAGCCCGUCUUUCCCGGGGUGUCACCUGAGCGAUGCCCCGCUACUGCGCGGCGAUUUGCUGUAAGAACCGCCGGGGACGAAACGAUAAAGACCGGAAGCUGAGUUUUUAUCCAUUUCCUCUGCAUGACAAAGAAAGGCUUGAAAAAUGGUUAAAGAAUAUGAAACGUGACUCAUGGGUUCCCAGUAAAUACCAGUUCCUGUGUAGCGACCAUUUUACUCCUGACUCUCUUGACAUCAGAUGGGGUAUUCGAUAUUUGAAACAAACUGCAAUUCCAACAAUAUUUGCUUUGCCAGAAGACAAUCAGGGAAAAGACUCUUCCAAAAAAAAGUCUCAGAAGAAAAAAUUGGAGGGUAAGAAAGAAGAAUCAUUUACAUCAAAUGAGCCUAUGAAAAAUACCAUUAACAAGGACUUGCUCCCUGAAUGUGCAAAAUUAUUUGACUCAACUGCCUUGGUACGGCCACCAGCUCCAAAAUCAGAAAAUACGCAAAAUAACAUAUUAACUCUUAACCUGGUUAAACAAGAUAUUGAAAAACCACAGUCUACUUUGGAAACAUCAGAUGUAGGUAUUUUGCACACAUCUUUUGACAGUCUAAAUUCUACAACUAUUACUUGGGCAACUGCAGAUUCAGAAGAUACUCAGCAGUCUUUGAAAACUCAAGAAGUGCUUGAAAUAGCUACCAGUAAUUUUGCUAAUCCAAAUUUUACAGAUAACUCUGUGGAAAUUAAGUCAGCACAGGAAAAUCCAGUUUUAUUCAGUACAAUUACUCAAACAGUUGGAGAAUUAAACACAAAUAAGGAAUCUGUUAUUGCCAUUUUUGUAUCCACUGAAAAUCCUAGACCUGUAGUUAAUUCUUUUAUACCUGUCCAACAAGAAACUGUGGAAACGGAAGACAUGGAUAUUGAAGACUCCUUAUAUAAGGAUACGGACUAUGGAACAGAAGUUUUACAAAUUGAACAUUCUUAUUGCAGACAAGACAUAAAUAAGGAACAUCUAUGGCAAAAAGUUUCUAAGCUACAUUCAAAAAUAACACUUCUUGAGUUACAAGAGCAGCAAACUCUAGGAAGAUUGAAGUCUUUGGAAGCCCUUAUAAGGCAGCUAAAACAGGAAAAUUUGCUAUCUGAAGAAAAUGUCAAGAUUAUAGAAAACCAUUUCACAACAUACGAAGUUACUAUGAUAUAAAGUUUUAAAGCUACAACUAAGCUUUUGCAGCCAAACUAAAACUAUAUGUAACGUGAACUUUUUCCUGUCUAAGUUUCUCCUUUUAAUGAAGCUAGAAAAUGCUCUAAUGUUCUGAACUAGAUUCUGUUCUUGCAGUGCUCAUUUUUAAGAAUCAUUGAGCUGUAGAGAACAGUUUCAUUCCUUGAUAACUUUCCAAAAUAAAGUUAAAAUAUAGUACGUAAUAUGAUUAAGUCAAAAUAAGAGAACACUGUGAUGUGGUUAAAAAGAGCCCAUAAUAAGAGCCAGGCUCAGGAAUCAGACCUGGUUCCACCAUUGGCAUAUGACUUAGACAAGUUACCUAUCAAGCUUGAGCUUUGGUCCCUAAUUAAGGGCAUUUAGUAGAUCUCUGAUGUAGUCCAUUUCUUUAUAAUUCUUUCCCUUUCUAUGAGGAUACCUUUAACAGAACAGGUUUUCUAUAAGAUAAUCUAUACUUACAUAUUACUAGAAGUUGGCUAGAAUUCAAUAUUAGUAACUAUUAGAAUAUCCUCUAUAUUUACUGAAUUCUGGGUUUGACUUUUUGGCUACUUAUACAUCUCUACUAUAAAGGAAAACACUCCUUUCCUAAUUUUACUCAGUUGAACUAAAAUAAGGAACUACUUAGCCUUGUUCUUAGGAGAGGUACUUUAAACUUUAAAGGAUAUGUAUUUCAAUACCUUAAAUGUGAUUUUCCAUCUUAAUACAGACAUUUAAUCUUUUUAACAUUCUGUUCUCAUAAGGUUAUAUUUGUAAACCAAAAGAUGAAAAUGAGGUUAAAAUAUAUAUAUAUUUUAGAAAUCAUAGUUUAUCUUUUUCUUAAUAGGUAUAGCUUUUUAAAAGUUUGUGCUUGUGUCAUUUUUAAAUUCCAGAAUGAUACAGUAAUACCUAGUACUAUACAUUUCCAUCUCUACUUAUCUUAAUGAAAUUUAUAAGCAAGAAGUUAUAGAUAUGUGAUGAAGACCUUAGGGAGAUAAGUAGGAAAGAGAAAUGACAUUGAUCUAAAUAAAGAUACUGCUUAUGUCCACAAGAAUUUAAGAAAAAUGAAUGUAAAUGCAAAGAUUUAGUGAUAGUAACACAAAUGUGAAAAAUAGGUGAUAUGUUCUCUUAAAACUGGCAGACAGUAUAAUUAAACAGGAUAGCCUGUGGUUGUCCUAUUGCUUAUAAGUUCCUAUUAGGCUGAGUCUUAGUUUUCUCAUUCAUAAAAUAUACUGUUACCUAUCUUGUAGGAUGGAUUUGAGAAUUAUAUAAGGUAAUAUGUUUUUGGUCCCAGAAAAUAGGAGGUGCUCAAUAAAUAUUAGUCAUCUCCAAACAGCAAGUAGAAUACUAAUUGUUUUGUAAAUGCAUGGUGAUUAUUUUUGGCCAGAUUUCACUUAUUUUCUUCAGGCUAAUAAAAUUGCUAUUAUAUGUAUGUGUGUCAUCUAAUUAUAAAAAGCUGCUUAGAGGUGUCCUUAUUGGGUGACUGUGGGGAAAAAGAUUAAAAUUUUUGCAUAAAUUGUGGGCAGAUAAUUGGUAGACUAUUUUAAGUAGUCCCGUGUUGCAUUUUGCUAAUACUAGUAAUUAAUUUAAAUAAUACAGAUGAAAAUAACCUUUAUAAGUCACAGUAGAGUAAUGCUAUGUAGUUUGAACUUAAGUUUUUAGUGGUGUACAUCAUAGUAAUUUUCUACUUGUUUAAAAUUAUAGCUUACCCAGGAGUGAUUUAAACCAUGAAUAUAGUUGUAUUUCUUUAAAGUUAAUAAAUUUUAAGUAUUUAAGAUA